GCGCGGUGUGCGGGUCCCCAGGAGACGGCGCCCCGCUGCGGCCGCGCGCUCCUGCGGCUGCUCGGCGCUCGGCGGGCGGAAGAGGAGGCGGCCCCUCCGCGAGGACUGGAAGAAAAUAAUUUGCUGAGAUGUCAGCUGGGGAUUCUUCUAGAAAAACCCUGGAAAUGGAGUGCUUCCACACCAGAUUCAGUGCCUGGACCCCUUUCAGCAAUAAGUCAUUAAAUAGACAGCUCUUUCAGGAAAGAGUUGCUCUUAUAAGUCAUUGGUUUGACCUCUGGACUAACAAGCAACGUCAAGAAUUCUUAUUCACGAUUUUUUUACGAUGCUCCAAAUCACAAUUAAGGUGUGUCCAAGACUGGUUUUCAGAAAGGAUGCAAGUGGCCAAACUGGAUUUCUCUACAGUGUUACCACGCUUCAUUUCUCUAUAUAUCUUUUCCUUCCUGAAUCCAAAAGAUCUGUGUGCAGCUGCACAAGUCAGCUGGCCCUGGAAGUUUUUAACUGAACAGGACUGCUUAUGGAUGCCCAAAUGCAUUAGGUUUGGGUGGUUUCUGCCCUAUACUCCAGCAGAUAAUGAGUAUGGUGCUUGGAAGCAUCAUUACAUUGCUUGUGUGUCCAACUUAGAUUGGCUAACACCUAGGGAAGCCGCUGCUAUCUAUGGGACCCUGAAUGAACCCAAAACAAAAUAUGAGGAGUUGCAGGAGAAACAAAGAGAAAAGUGCUUAAGAAAAUUAAUUUGGGAGAAAAGUACACUACGUAAGAAGGAGUUAUUCAAAGUUCGACCCCCUUGGGUGAGCGGAACAUGCUGCUCUAGAUUGUUAAAAUCCAAAUGCCAGCCACGUCUCUCCCAGGCUCUGAAGGAUCUGAGGGAUCGAGGGGGAUUACAUGAAGCUUUGGAGAAACAGCUUGUUUUGGCAUCCUUAGAAGCUUUGCCCAAGCGAAGCAAUGUUUCUGGAAGCCAUUCCUACCCUUUAUUAUCAAAGAAAACUUGGCAUGGAGUUCAUAAAAAUGAUAACAGCUCUUCACAUGCUUCCCAGCCCCACUUCUUAUUAAUAUCAUCUCGGAUUCCUGCAUAUGAGAUAGCGGUGGCCAGUAUUAAGACAGGUAUCAAUGUGGUGUAUGAACAUAGCGGCUUAACCUUGGACAGCCUGCUUUAUCUCAUAGAAAAAGCUCUGGAUGGGCAGAAGGUACAAAGUAUGGGGAUAUUUAGUGAUGGAGACAGCAGAGAAAUCAAUUUACUCCAAGGUUAUAAAAUUGGUAUUAAAAAUUUACUGAGGCCUGAAGUGAGAGACUUCUGGGAGAAGUCAGGAAGCUAUGUGGCCCCUGAAGAAGAAGGGGGUCAUGUGGACCUCUUUGUACCACUUGGAGCAUCAGAGGCAGGAAUAGAAGUUCUUUCCCAGCUGUCUCAGCUAACUGGCACGUUCUUUACUGCCCCAACGGGAAUUGCAACAGGCUCUUACCAACACAUUCUCAGUGAUUGGCUGGGACGACCGGAAAGGGCUCCAUGUUCCGUCUACUUCAGCGAAGCAAAGCUGUUCACGUGGUCCCGUGUCACAGACUUUCUGGAAGACACCUUGAAAUCAGUAAGGAAGCAGUUGAGUCCUCUCUUCAAGGAGUUGCAGAAGAAUAUUAGUGCCAGGAUAAUAGGGCAAUUUACUUUUGACAACAUGAAUAUGGCUAACAUUCUGGAUAACCAAGAAAUUUCACAAGCUCUGGCUGAUGGAUUGAUGGAACUUUCAAAAGAUAAUUCUGAAAGAAAUGUUAUGGAAGACAGCCCUCAGGACACAAAAUCAAGUCUCAGCAAAAACGAUCCAAACUUGGAGAUGCUGGUUAAACUGUCCGGGCUCCGCACCGACUCGGCUGAAGAGCGGGGGAGGGUGGUCCGGGCUCUUCUGCAGCGAGAGGACAGACGCGGAGACGCGGGCAAUGCUGAGACGUCUACGCGGGCCUGCAGGCGGCGCUGCCCCCGCGGGGCGCUUCUCGUUCUGCAGAUUCUAAGUCUCAGCAGGCAGUUUCGAGACCACCUGAGAGGCGGGCUGCCCCACUGCGUGGGAGAAACACUCCUCAAGUCCGGAAGCCAGUUGGACACAUGUACCAAUUUCUUCAACCAUUACCCGGCUGUUCUGAGAACUAUGGAGAAGUGCAGAGAAAUGAUACCAGCAUUCCGUGCUUUCCUGAAGAGGCAUGAUAAGACCAUUGCUACCAAAAUGCUGAGCCUCCCAGAGCUGCUUUUGUACCCAUCCCGAAGAUUCGAAGAAUAUAUUAAUCUCUAUGCUCUGAGGCUUCACACUCCUGCAGAACACGUUGACCGUGGGGACUUGACCACUGCAAUUGACCAAAUCAAAAAAUAUAAAAGUUAUAUAGAUCAGAUGGAGCAAAACAUCAGGAUGAAAGAUCAGCUGCCAGACAUACAGAGAAUCGUGCAGGGAUGCCCGCCUCUAUCAGAAGAAAACAGAUAUUUGAUUAGGGUACAAGAUGUAGCCCAACUUCACUGCUGUGAUGAGGCAGUAAGUUUCCCUUUAAGGCUCUACGAACAAACCCGUGACCUCAGUCUUUUCCUCUUCAAUGCACUGCUGGUUUCUAGUCGGGGCACACUGCAUACUCCAUUUGAAAGAACUUCAAAAUCCACCUACCAGUUCAUUGCAUCAGUGGCCCUUCAUAGUUUACUUGUAGAGGAUAUUCCAGAUUCCAAAUAUAUUGGGCUUGAAAUAUUUUUUACAGAUGUCAAGAAUGCAUUUAUUCUUCAUGGUGAAUGGAUUUGUGCUACAGAGGCUGAGGAUGAUAAAUUCCUAUGGUUGUCAGUGCUCCAAAGUGCAAUCAAAAGUAGUAUGGAGAAGUGAGAAAACAUUAUGGACGCUAAUUCUCCCUGGCACAGACAGUGUAUUUUGUGUUC